CCUCGUUCUCUCUCUCUCUCUCUCUCUCCAAUUUUAUCUUCUCUCUCCUUUGAUUUUCUUUGUAUUUCUAUAUAUUUUUGGUUUGGGGUUAAAGCGGUUCGGGCAAAAGGGAAGUGAUGACAGCUCCAAACAUGGCUACGAUCACUGCGUCCUUGGAGAGAUCUCUCCAAAACUGUUCGCUAAAUCACAGCAGCAGUAACAGCGGUGAAGGCUCAGGUGUUGAAGAUGGCAUAGGCAUAUCAUCAACCUCUGAUGACGCUUCGCCGGAGAAUCUCUCCCACUCCGACACCACCUUGGAGCUCAAUUCCCAAAUGUCUCUCCCUUACCAUUGGGAACAAUGCCUCGAUUUAAAGACGGGAGAAAUCUACUACAUAAACUGGAUAAACGGCAAGAAAGCCAAGGAAGACCCUCGAACAAUGGCGGACUACAGCGGCGGCGGAGGAGAGCUCGACUACUCAGAGGACGACAGCUCCUACGACAGCGAGGGCUCAUCAUCAGGAUCACCCCCAUCGUCCUCGAGAGACCAACACCACCCCCACCAUCACUACAGAGUGGUGGAGAAAGACCACGUCCUCGUCGUGGCCGGCUGCAAGAGUUGCCUCAUGUAUUUCAUGGUGCCCAAACAGGUGGAAGACUGCCCCAAAUGCGCCGGCCAGCUCCUCCACUUCGACCGCUCUGAACCUGCAAAUGCCUCUCCAUAAACACACUUCCUUCCCCCUCCCCCAUUAUUUUUCCUCCAUUUUCUUCUCUCCAUUGUGGUUUAGGAAAUUCAUUGUUGAUGGAAAUGCGACAAAUGGAUCUGUGACUUCACUCCUGUUUUUCCUUUUUUUUUUUCUUGUCUGUGGAGGGUUUAUUUUGGGCGCCAUGGAAUUGGCUGAGAGAGGUCAAUGAUAGCAGAAAGAAAGAAUAAUACUGGUAUGAUUGCGA